ACUCUGCAGAGCCUGCCAGCUGCAGGCCCUGCCAGCCCUCCCUCUCCUCUGGGGUUGGGUUUUUCCAGCCGGAGCCUCACUCCCUCUACUGCAAUCUCUGGAAAUUGGUGUCUGACGCGGCUGCUCCUGCCCAUUAUUUAUUUAUUUCUUCUUUUCUUCCCGCUGAGACCCUCCUGUCAGAAGGGGAGCUGCAGUCCGGGGACGAAGAUAGGCAGGAAUCUGCAGGGAGACACAGGAGCAGAGAGGACACCGGGAGGCCCACUCAGAAGCCCCUGCCCUGCUCACCCCGAGGGGGCCAUGAGCUCCCAGCAGGAAGCCAGGAGAGAUGAGGGAGACACCAGGAGAAGGGGACAGGAAGCAGAGCUUCGGGACCGAGCCCACUUGGGCCAGCAACGCCGGCUCAAACAGGCCACCCAGUUCCUGCACAAGGACUCAGCUGACCUGCUCCCCCUGGACAGCCUCAAGAGGCUCGGCACCUCCAAGGACUUGCAGCCACACAGUGUGAUCCAAAGACGCCUGGUGGAGGGGAACCAGAGUCGGCUUCAGGGGGAGUCUCCCUUAGUGCAGGCCUUGAUUCAUGGCCAGGACAGCAGGAGGAAGACCAGUGGGACAGAGAUUCCAGCUCUUCUGGUCAACUGCAAGUGCCAGGAUCAGCUGCUUAGAGUGGCCGUGAACACAGGCACCCAACACAAUCAGAUCUCCACUGGAUGCCUCAGCCGCCUAGGGUUAGGGAAGAGGGUUCUAAAAGCCCCAGGUGGGGACCUGGCGCCUGGGCUUCCAACCCAGGUGGAGCAGCUGGAGCUACAGCUAGGGCAGGAGACUGUGGCAUGCUCGGCCCAGGUGGUGGAUGUUGACAGUCCUGAAUUUUGCCUGGGCCUGCAGACUCUGCUCUCCCUCAAGUGCUGCAUCGACCUGGAACAUGGAGUGCUGCGACUGAAAGCCCCCUUCUCAGAGCUGCCCUUCCUGCCUCUGUACCAAGAACCUGGCCAGUGACUGCUGUCCCAGUCGGUCCCAGAGGGAGAUACCUUGCCUUAGGGGAAGAGCCACGUGGGAAGUGGGGGCAUUACCUGAGUUUGGUAGCUGAGGACUACUUUGUCUGUCCUUUUUCUCACCACCCUAAUCCCUGCUGUCCCAUUUCUCUCCAUUGGCUGCCUUCCUCUCUGCUUUUCAGUAGCUGUCCUGUGUUCUAGGAAGUUUCCACUAAAGAGCCCAUGACUCUGAGGUUCUAGCUUCCCUGUUCUCUCUCGUCCUCAUCCUAAAAAGAACAAAACCAACUUAGUGUUGCAGAAAGGGACCUAAGAAUGAUGAGGUUCUAGGCUUAAACCUGGUCACGAUAGUCAAAGGUUACCAACUCCUGUCCUCACUGGCCCUCAACACCACCCCAACUGCUCUUGAACCUGAAUCUCCUACUUCACUUCUGGGACUCAUUAUCUCCACAACUAGACUGCCACGCUUUUCUGCCUGGGUCCCCAGACCUUUUAGUACCUGCCUAUCUCAUUCUGUUCAAAGUUAAGUGUGGGAAGACAGCAAAUGGAAUAAUUCAAUAAAAGGAAGGAGAGUUAGUAUAAGAAUGUCCUGGCCAUAAGGUUGAGCACUUUUAUUAGUUCCUUUUAUGGGUUGCAAAUGUCUGGGGAUGUUACUGAUCGACUGAUUACCCUGUGUAAAAACUGAGUAUGCCUCUAAUACUUACUCUGGAUACUUAUCCUUCUUCAUUUGCUUUUGUACUCACUGGGCCCCUGAGCUUUGAGAUAGUUUUUGGAAGAGCCCUGUAGAGAACUGUCCCUACAAGGUGGACAGAAUGUUGGAGCUAUUGAUCUUUAGACUUAACCUAUCCAGGGUCCAUUCUUUUUUUUUUUUUCUUUUUCUUUUUGGUACUAGGGAUUGAACGCAGGGGCAUCUAACCACUGAGCAACAUCCCCAGAACUUUUUAAAAUAUAGUUUAUUUAGAGACAGGGUCUUGCUGAGUUGCUCAGGGCCUCACUAAGUUGCUGAGGCUGAUUCUGAACUCAUGAUCCUCCUGCCUCAGCCUCCCAAGCCCCUGGUAUUACUGGCGGGUGCCACCGUGCCCAGCUUCAUUCUUAUCUCUACAACUAUCCACUUCAUUAGGCCUUCUUCCUACUUCUAUUGUCUUCUGAGUUUGAGCUUGUCUUGUCCUGGGAUCAGUGGCUUUCUAUCCCCCUGCUGGACUUGGAACCAAGGCAAAAAGACAAAGGCUCAUUGAUUUUUCUGUGAAGAGCAGAAUCAAAAUCUUAAGAAGUUAGACCCCUGGCUAGUCUGACUCAUAUCAUGGUUAUGGGUAGAGAAAGAUAGUGAUCUAACUCAAACGUGGGAGCUAGAACCCUUGGGCUGAAAACUAACUCUUUAGUGUGGGGAUAGAUCAGAGAAAAACCAGGAUGCAAGGAGUUACCCCAUGACGCUUGGCCUUAUCUUUUCAACUGACUCCCCUGCCCUCAAAAGAAGAGGAACUUGCUUAGCACAUGUGUCAUAGUGCCUGGUCUUAAAACUCCUAAAGGACUGCCUCUCCUUCACUGUCUUGCUCUAUGACCUCUACCCCUUUCCCUAUCUUUCCUGCUGCUUCUGUAGUUGCAGACUCCAGGCCCAAGGCAGGCCUUGAGUUAGCUACUUCUCCAUUUUAAUAAACACUUGUUUCUCUAUGCCAUGUUCUCUGGUCCUCCUCCCUGCCUAUUAAAUGGUAACUCUGUUCCUAUUGGUUUAGGGGAAGGAAAAGUGAAAGUGGGCCCUUCCCCAGGUGACCCAUUGGGUCAGUACAAUGGAGAGCAAUGGCUUGUAAAAUACACUCAGUAUACUUGCACACACACAAUUGUGAUAAAACAAUACUUACCUACACUGUGAGCAGUGGACUCUGAUAUUUUCUAUUUUACUUUAUUUUACUGUA